AAAACCUCUCUUUUUUGACCAUGGAUCAAAAAUGAAGGAGCAAGAAAGAAGAACAGAAAGCAGCAGGAGAGGGCGAUCUCUGCGGAAAUCGAUCCGUUUCGCCUUGCCUUCGGUUCUGUCGUAGUUUCUUAGAUUCCAUUCUCCUUUGUCCUCUUCUCUCGGAUUCGCUCCUUUUUCUUCUUGGUAGCUACGUUUUCCUGUUUCAGUUAGGGAUUUGGAGUUGCAAUUUGGUUUGUGUGAGGGUUUGAUCUCGUUCGAUUGGCCGGGAUAGAGAGAGGGGGACAGAGAUGAAGUCUUCUCUGAAGAAAAUGCGGGGCUUUGCGUUCCGUAAGCACGACCAGCAUAAGCAGAAGAGGGAGACACAUCCACCGGCGUACCAGGACGAGCUCGUACAGGCCUCCCAGGAUAUGGUUGAUAUGAAGGACUGCUACGAUGGGUUACUUUCUGCAGCUGCUGCUACUGUCAAUAGUGCAUAUGAGUUCUCUGAAGCCUUAAAGGAACUGGGUGCUUGUAUUCUUGAAAAAACUGCACUAAAUGAGGAUGAAGAAAGUAGAAGCGUAUUGUUGAUGCUUGGAAAAGCACAGUUUGAACUUCAGAAACAUGUUGAUAGAUAUCGUGUGCAUGUCCUAGAGACCAUCACAACCCCAUCAGAAUCUCUUCUGAAGGAACUACAAAUUGUAGAGGAGAUGAAACGUCAGUGUGAUGAGAAAAGAGAUUUCUAUAAUGGCAUGAUAGCUGCACAAAGACUAAAAGGAACUUCAAGAAAUCCCAAAGCUGAAAGUUUUACUAUAGAGAAGUUGCGAGAAGCUCAAGAUGAUUACCAAGAGGAGGCAACACUCUUUGUCUUCCGCUUGAAAUCACUGAAGCAAGGUCAAUUUCGGAGUCUUUUAACUCAGGCUGCUCGGCAUCAUGCAACACAGCUAAAUUUCUUUAGAAAAGGGGUCGAGUCUCUUGAGGUGGUAGAGCCACAUGUUAAAGUUGUUGCUGAACAACAGCAUAUUGACUAUCAGUUUAUUAACCUCGAGGAUGAUGAUACAGAGGAGGAAGUGGAUGAUUUUGUCUAUGAUGAUGGAGAAGUGAGCUUUGGAUAUGGACAAUAUGAAGGAGGCCAAGAAGCUGCUUCUGUAGCUAGAAACUCAAUGGAGGAAUAUUCAGAUAAAACACAAAAAGAUAGCCUUUAUUUCAAUAAGGAGCCUAGGGCUGUGAGCAUGUCAGCACCUCUUUUGGCCAAUAAGAAGGUUGAUUUUUCUGACCGUAUUAGUCAAUUGCGACCUGCAUCAACAAAGAAAUAUCACACAUAUGUUCUACCUACACCACUUGAUGAAAGGAAGCCAUCCUUAACAGAUGAUAAAACAAUUUCUGCAUCUAGAGUAGAGACUACUGCAGGCUUAAGAAGACAACUAUGGUAUUCCUCCCCUUUGAAGCCAAAUAUGCCUGGAAAAGAUUCUACAGAUCUUCAACUUCCAAGCCCUAUAAAAUUACCAAAAGCACAUUCAUUGCUGAAGGAGAAUAUCAAUAGUGGACAACUUAGAAUUCCUCCUUUGCACGAAGAGCUGUCCAUGUCACAGUUUGCAAUAAAUGCUUCAGAUGCUAAAAAGAUCAAGAGACAAGCUUUCUCUGGUCCACUGACAGGCCACACACCUUCAAACAAGACAUCAGUAUUUUCAGCAUUUCCAACUCAUACCAUUGCACCUCAGCCUAGCAUGGCUCAGAAGUUGUCUCAGAAUGCCUCACCUCCUAUAUCCUCGCCAAAAAUCAAUGAACUUCAUGAACUUCCUCGACCUCCUGUUGGUUCAAAACAAUCUGCAAAGCCUUCAUCUUUAGUUGGUCAUUCAGGGCCAUUGAUGUACCGUUGUAAUGAGUUUAGAGCAACUAGCAAGCUUCCAUUGCGGUCAUCACAAACAGCAUCUCCACUACCUACACCUCCAGGUGCUAUGGCACGGAGUUUUUCUAUACCCUCUAGUAGCCAAAGAUCUCCCACUGUAUCAGUUUCAGAAUUGUUGGAAGUUCCUACAAACCAAAACAUGACAGCAGAUAUUUCUUCACCUUCUUUGACACCCAUAUCACUGUCACCUAGUCAACCACCAUCAAGAAGCUCUGAGUCUGUAAGUCAAACUUCAAAGCCCAGGGACUCUGCAUAAAUCUGGCAACAGCUAAUGCAAUGGCCUUCCCAAAUGGACUGUGUACAGACUUUUCCUAGUUUAUCCCAAAUUUUCUCUAUACUAAUUGUAUGUUAGUGAAAAACUAUUGGUUCCUCCAACACACGUUGUGGUGGUGGGAUUCACUUGAUGAAAUUUUUUGGCUUUUACAACCCCUGUUAGGUUCAUUCUAAUUCAAUUUCAGGGUCAGUAAGUAGUAUGCUUCUGUAAAAGUAAACUUGUUUUCAUCUGGAUUACGCUUUUGCUUUUGCUUUUGCUUUUGCUUCAUUCGCCUCCAAUAACACCUAUGCAAUGAUAUCUUUGAUUCUUUCUCCA